ACCGUGUUGUGAUGGAGUACUCGUCUUAAUUUGCCCUACCCUAAGAUGACUUAUAAAUACCAAGUAAUACCGAUGAGUUUCUAUAAAUCAUCAUUCGAAACCUUAUAAGUUUACACUACCAAGUACCAUCUUCAUCAUUUUUAAGAUCCUUUGUUGUGAUUUCUUGUAAGAACCACCAAAAUGACCGGAGGGAAGCACCAUCACCACCACCAUGGCCACCACGUUCAGGAAGACAGCAAGCCAGUUGACUAUGCGAAAGAGGUUAAACACCACAAGCACAACGAGCACCUCGCCGAGCUCGGUGCCAUUGCUGCCGGCGCUUUCGCCGUGCAUGAGAAGCACAAGAUAAAGAAAGACCCAGCACACGCCCACAGGCACAAGGUAGAGGAGAGAAUCGCUACUACAGUCGCAGUUGCAGCUGGUGGGUACGCAUUGCAUGAGCGUCACGAGAAGAAAGAAGCAAAGAAACAGAUGAAGCAUCACCACGGCCACCACUUCUUUUAAUAUACUUACUUUUUUGUAAGGAUCGAUAUUAUUUAGUAUUAUUUACGAAAUUGAUUAGCAGUGAUAUUCAGCAACUGCUCUAUAUAAAUAAACGCCUGCGUGCGUGCGUUGUUUUAUUCUUGAUUAAUGGGUCUCUAGCUUUUUGUGAUAUUGAGAUCUAGUAAUAGUGGAAUUAUAUCUAAUUCUGUUUUCAUGUGAUGUUUGUAAAGAGUUAUUUUGUUUCACAGUAUAUUUUGGAGUAUAUUUGUUUAUGAAUGAGUAAAUCCAGUGUUUUAAGUUCUCA